UAUUUUGACAGGCAUCCUCCAUCCUUUUCUCAAAAACACAAAUGCAUUUUUGUAAUCUCAAAUCCUUCUAUUUAAUUCCGUUAAUUCUAUUGCUCAUGUUAGACUGUGUGUAUUGAACUAUUUACUGCCCAAAUUUACACACAUUCAACACUAUUGAGCGCUUGCUUCUGCCACACCAACCAGGCCGUCUACUGUCAAACGAAGCACCCAUUUUUUCUACGAAAUCACUUGACAGCCCAUCACCGACACGUACCUGGGCGGUGACGACGUUUCACCGUUUUGCAGCUGAUCUGCUGCUCAAAGCAGUUCGUCUCGUUUUCGGAUUCUGCAACAGCAGCAGCCACAUACAGCCACAACAGCGCACACGGAGUGAGGAAAAAUCGGGAAUGUUUUUUGCCAGUGCCUUCUAGCGUGCGCCCGCCUCUCCUUAUCGCAGUCCGAUUUUUCCUAAUCGUUCCCCCUAUCGCCCUUUACUGCUCGCGUGCCAUCGGAAGAGGCCUUUCGUGUCCGCAGGCCCAGUGCAGCACCAGUUUUGAUUUCCUGAUUUCCUGAUUGUCCGGACGGCCAUUCGCACCCAACCCCCCACCCACCAGCCACUUCGCGACCGCAAAUGCAAAUCGUGCACAGAAAAUCUCGCAACUCCCAGUGGUGGUGGUCGACGGCCGGUCGUUGGGCAGCCGUCGGGCGACAAAGCACGGCUGUGUAAAGGUAAAAAGGUGCUAUUCCUCGACACACGACUCGUCUUGGCCUUGGCCGUGCGUGCGUGCGUGCGUGAAGUGUGUGCGUGAGUGCGUAAAGUGUGCGUGUGUGUUUACCGUCGGUUUACUGAGUGGUUCCGCAGUUUCAUCUGUCUUCGGCCCUGCCUGUCCCUAUUCCGCUCUCCACCCUGGAUCUAGUGGCCAACUGUGAUGAGCUGCUGCACACGCAUGGCAAAACGUAAUUGUCUCCAGUGAAGAGUGAGCGAGAUGAGAUGCUGCUAGUCUACCACCAUCACCACCACCACCACUAAGCAUCCGACUAGUGCAUCCGUUGCAUCCGUGCUGUACACUACGCUACUAAGCAGUGAUAUGAAGAAGAAAAAGUAGUUCCAAUUUCACGGGCCCCCGCGCGUGUGUGUGUGUGUGGCUCCUGCAAUUCCCCUGCCAUUACUAUCACCUUCCACACCUUCGGCAAAGCAGAAAAAGCAGUUGUGUGCCCUCCCCAUACAGCAGGCAGUAUUCGUGCAGUCAGAAGUGCCUCUCUCUCGCAAGUUGCCUGCUCGUUGCUUGAAUAUCUCUCACCGCUUUCGUCGUAGCCCGCGCUGCCCUUUCACCACAAUUGGUCACCCUUUUCUCGCCGCCGUUUAGUUUUUGGGGAUCAAGAUUGGUGUUUUUUUGCUUCGAUUUGGCCUUCACCACCCACAACAAUCCCUCGGGGAGGCCUGCUGGCACGAGCCACCUGGUGUCGAUGAGUGUGCGUGUAUGUGAGUGUGUGCGUAUUAAGUUAGUGUGAAUAAAGUGAGCAGAGAAGUAGAGUGUGCAUUGCUCGUGUACAGGCUCCUCGCUCGUGCGUGCGUGCGUGCCACUGUGUGUGCCUGUUCUGUGUCCAUUGGCGGUGCAAAAGAGAGAGAGAGUGAGAGAAAGAGAGAUUGUGUUUCUCCAGCCAGCCAGCUGCACACAGUGUGUGCAAAGUGCGGGCGGUGUAACAGGUGGUGAAAGCGGACGGAAGGAAAUGUCUCAGACCAAUUCGUUCCAGCCGUGGAAACAGACGCUCCCGGUCGGUUUGCCGUCCAACCUUGGCACCGCCAUCUUCGGUGGCACCACAGCUGGCAGCAGUAGUGCAGCAGCAGUAGUAGCAGGCUAUGGAAAAGUGCCACUGCUACCACCACCACCACUGCAACCGACACCGUCGCCUUCCUCGUCCUCCUCAUCCUCCUCGUCGUCCUCGUCGUCGCUCGGUUCGGUCAGCUCGUCCACCCCGGGCCCGCUAGGCGCGAUCAUGCACGCCGGGCCCCCGCUGCUGACCGUGCCACCGUCGCCCGGCAGCGGCACCGUAUCGUCCUCGACGGCGACCCCGCUCCCACCGUCGCCCGCCGGGCCGGCUGCCGGCGGUCCCGACUUUCUCGCCCAAAUGGCGGUCAACAAGCUGAAGCUGGGAAAGCUAAACGCCAGCUACGAACUGACGGCCGCUAGCAGCAGCGGCAGCGGCAGCGCGGUCGCCUCCUCCCAUGCGUCACAGACGGCGGCCAGCUUGGAGAUGGAGCUGGGGGAGCUGGGAACGGAACAGCAGGAGGCGAGCGUUGCCGCUAUGAGGGCGAUGCUGACCAGCUCCGGCUGCCACAAUCCGGCGGCCCUCGGCGAUCGAGAGCGCGAACAGCAGAUACAGCAAAUAUUUGAAAAAUCCAUCAGCGACAGCACAAAGAAACAGAUAUUGGAAAUACUGGAGAAAAUAUCGACCCUUCGGCCGCCGGAACGGCUGCUGCUGUAUCUUCGCAUGCCCGGUGGCUACCCGGAAACAGAUCCACUGCGCCAGUCGCAGAAUCCGCUCGGGACGCGGCUCGAGAUUAAUCACACCAUCAACUGGGUCCGGUCGCAUCUAGAGCACGACCCGAAUGUGUCAAUUCCGAAGCAAGAAGUGUACGAUGAUUAUGUAGCCUACUGCGCACGGAUCAACAUUAAGCCGCUGUCGACGGCCGAUUUCGGCAAGGUGAUGAAGCAGGUGUUUCCCGGCAUCCGGCCCCGCCGGCUCGGCACGCGAGGCCACUCCCGCUACUGCUACGCGGCGAUGCGCAAAGCCACCAAGCUUCCGGUUCCGAAGCUGCCCGAUCUCACCACCAGCGCCGCCGCCGUCGAGAGUCAACCGAACGAGGGCCAACACUACACCGAGGAGGAAUCGUGGAAGGUGGUGAAGGGGUGGGCGGAAGCGAUGCUACCGUCCUGCUUCACCACGAUCAACGAGCUGGCCGGCUUCAUCGCGAAGAACAACCUCAACUCACCGUCCGGCCUAGCGAGCCGGCAGCAGCUGCACAAGAAGAUUCUGCAGCGCGAGAUGAAGGAAAAGCGAAAGCUAUCGGCCGUGGCGAUGAAGAAGCGGCGCAAGAAGCGCAGGAAGACACUCUCGACAAGCAUUUGUGACGCGCCGGAACUGUCCCGCACUGCCGCCGGCACACCGCCGGACAAGGCGAAACCACCGUCGUCCGGGGGAGGAGACGGAGCAGGGGGAGCCUUCGGCGCGGUGGAAACUCAGCAGCGAACCGUAAGUACAAAGCAGCAGCAGCAGCAGCAGAACCAGCAACAGCCAAACUCCACCACGAUCGAUGGAAUGAACCCAGCGUGUAACGGGACUGCCACGUCGGCGGCGGAUGCGACCAGUCAGCUGCUCCAGCACAUGAUAAAGCGCGAGCAGCAGGAGUACCUCGACGAGGACAACAAUAACACGACCCCGGCGGGCGGGCUCGUCGGCACCGGCAAGAUGAUGCUUCUGCAACGUCAGCAGCAGCAGCAGCAGCAGCAGCAAAGUACAAAUCUCAACUGUGAUACUAGCAAUGGUUUCUUGGAGUCGUUGAACAAAGACCUGAUGAUGGCAGUGGCGGCCAGCGGGUUUCUUCCACCGUCAGCGACCGGGGUGCCAUCGGUAAUCGCUCACCCACCGCAGCAUCUGCAACAGCAGCAGCAGCAGCAGCAACAGCAACUAAUGCAGCAGCGUCUACUGGAGGGCGGUAUGCGCAGCCCGCAGGAUCAACAAUUCCUUCAGAAUGUGUACUGCAAAAAGGUGCGUCAGGCGCAGCAGUUGAAGGCCGUCCAGCAACAGCAGCAGCAGCAGCAACAACAGCAACAGCAGCAAAUGCAACUCCAGCCAUCGGCCGGUCCGACCCAGUCGCCCCUAUUCUUUCCCAACCGGCCGACGAGCGUGCAGAAGCGGCAGCUGGCGACCAGUGCCGCGUUCGCCGGUCGCCAGAAGCGCCUCAAGCUGCUGCAGCAGCGCCAGCAGCGUUCGCUCGAAGCGCAGAACAACAGUGCACCGCGGUACGACGAGCAGGGCAAUCUAAUACUCAUCGAAACGCAGGACUCGGUGGCCCAGGACGAGUUCAUCAUUCCACGCGAGCGGGUCAUCAGUAUUUGCAACAUGGACAAGAACGCACUGGACGGCUACCUGAACUGCGACGAGGAAAACUCGCAGGACCAGGACCAGGAGCUGCUCAAGUACUUCCCGGAGGAGGAUGGCGGUGGUGCUGCCGGUGGGUCGUCGCAGCCGAAGCAGCUGCUGGACGCUUCGGCGGAGCACGACGGUACGGCGGGUGGUGGACCGGCGACUUCCGCCUUCGGCGGCACGCUGUUCGAUGACAACGAGAAGCUGUUCCAGAUACGCAUGAUUCUCGAAAAGAACCAGUGCAACCAGAACAAGCAGCAGAUGCUGCAGCAGCAGCAACAGCAGCAACUGCAGCAGCAGCACAUGCAGCAAACGAUGGAGUCCCAUCUGGCGGCGUACGACACUGUUGGCUCGAUGGGCCAGGGUGGAGCGAUUGGAUUGCAGCCCGGUUCGGCAGCUGCCUCGCUGGCCGCACUGUCUCAGCGCCACAACACGUCCACCGGUGAGACGGCGGCGAUGGGCGGUGCUGCCUCAACUGCCGGCGGUCCCCAUCAGCCGCACGGAGCGCCCGAACAGCAUCAGCGCCAGCAGCUGAAGCACGAAGCCGCAGGAGGAGCAGGAGCUGCCGCUGGGUCCCAGCAACAGGGGUAUGGUGUGGGUCAAAUGAAUGGUGGGGCGGUGGCCAGCAGUGGUCCAGCACUGGCGCUGCAAAGUCCGACCGCUCGGCGGAAGAACUUUAGCUUCGUUCCGAUCUCGGAGCAGCCGCGCGUUGGCUCGGGCGGAAAAUCGCUGUCCGGGAGUGGUAACAUCAACCACACACCCACCGCAAGCCCGUUUGUGAGUCCACGCAGCACGCCGAUCCAUCGCAAGGCCCACAAGGCGUCGAAUGGGCUCACGUUGAACUUGAUGCAGCAACACGGCCACCAGCAGCAGCAGCAACAGCAGCAGCAGCUUCAGCAACAACUAUCACACACUGGCGGAGGAGCGUACGGUCAGCACCAUCAGCAGCAGCAACCGCCACACCAGACCCAGUCCCGCUCCUACCUGGGCGGAUACAUUAAGAACGAGCUGUCCGCAUCGGCCCCGCCCAGCCCUUCGAUGAUGCAACCGUACCGCUUCGGUGCGGCCGGCAUGAACGGGCUCAACUGUGGCCUCUCGCCAAUGCCGACCACGUUCCAGCCGAUCUGCAAUCCCCACGGCAGCCUCAGCUCGAGCACCGGGCAACCGGGGCAGGUGUCUUCGCUCGAGUCACGGUCCAGCAGUGUCCCGCUGAUCCCGAACUACGACCCUUACUGCAACUCCAACUACAACUCCGUGUCGCAAACGCCCGUCCCGUCCGAGUACGACGAUUUCACCGACACGGCGGGCAACAUUCUGGACAUGCUGAACGAACAGUCGAGCCAGCUGUCGGCGUCGGUCAAGAUCGAAGAGUCGGAACUAACCCUGCCCGAUCUGCUCGAUCAGCAGCAGCAGCAGCAGCAGCAGCAACGGCAAGAGGAGGGUGGAUUUUUCACCCGCUCCGUCAACUACAACAUUGUGUCGCGCUCCGUACCGUCCACUCCGCUGCCCCAUCUCGGCGGGUUCGGACCGCUCGGUUCCUCGGCCGGGUCCGGCAGCUGCAUCGGUCCGAUGGGUCCCACUGGCGGUCCCAGCGGUCUCGGCCUGGUCACCGGUACCCGGUCACUGUUCGAGCUGCCCAAGUCGGUCCCUUCGACACCGAUCGGGCUGAACGAGGGCAGCUGCCCGGGCGAAUCCAUGUUCCAGUACAGCCCGGAAACUUCGCGCGACUUCCUUAUCAACGGCAACUCGGUCGAUCGGAGCAAAUCGUCCGCCGCCUCGUUCUACUCGCCGGUGGCGGGCGGUCCGGGCGGCACCACCGCAACCGCCGGCGUGUCCGGAACGCUCGCACUGGAUGCGAACGGAUCGGACAGCUGCAUCGCGGGCAGCGGCCCCGCUGGUUCUGACAUUACCGGAGAGCUUGGCGUGGCGGGGCCACACACUGCACAUUCCGGUGCCGGCAAUGGGCGGAUGGGCGGUAGCCGGUCUUCCUGCCCUUCAGCCACGGCCGACCCGAUCGUACCACCGUCGGCCGAUCUGGCCAACCUAUCCGACGGCAUCGAGGGGCUCUCGAACGAGCUGGACAGCAUGGCGGAAUCGAUGAUCAAUUCCGACAUCUUGCGGAAUCUGUAAAAAAAAAAACCAACCGCCAACAAACACGACGCGCGGGGCUGGUUUGGUAGCCGCGGCAAAGCGGUGGAAAGGAAGGGAGGGGAAAGCAACAUUGUAGCUACAAUGUAGGUCGACGUUUUAUUUGUUUGGUAAUUUAUUCACCACGUGCCGCCAUCAAACGGCGGUCGAGAUUGUGACGCCCGCCCCUACGUACGACCGCGCACACUACACCAGUGCGCACUAUCCCGAUCGUCGUUCAUUCCCCCCGUGUGCGGACGGCAAGGGGGUCGGUUGGGGGGGGGGGGGGAUUCCGGAGAGCGGAAGACAGAGUGCACACAACCACGCGUUCCACUGGGUGGGAUGAUGGGGGUUGGUGGUGGCUACUAGUAAGUGCACUAAAUGCACUCAACCAGAGCUCUCUUCCUUCCCUCGCUCGCUCUCUCCCUCUCUCUCUCUCUCUUUCUCUCUCUCGCUCUGUCUCUGUCUCAAUAAGUGCAAUUUAGAAGGCGGGGAGCGCAUUUACUGCUGCCACAGUCCCGAUGUACGAUAGUAGUUUGCAGCAUCAUCGACAGACCAGAGGGUGGAUGGGUUUUGGGAGCGACUGGUUGGUUGUGUGCCGGGUGUUGCACAUUCCCAUCGAACCGACCUCUCUCCCCAGACACACACACACACACGUGCCCGGAUGCACACACCGCGCCUUCUUCUAGUCGCCUUCGACGCCGUCGUGUGACAUUGGCCUUGAAAUAGUGCACACACUUUCCACACUUGCGCACAUCGUGCUGUGGUCGCUGUGUGUUCGAUUCUGCCGGCCGGCGGCACUCACUAGAACGGAAGGGAAGGAAGAGCUGGUGUGUGGGCUUUUAGUUUAAGCAAUGCUUUUUGCUCCCGCUACGGGCUAAUGUUUCUUGUUGUGUUUGUGGUCCGUUCGCGCUGCAAUGAAGCCGAGAAAGCAACAGGAGGAUGCACGCAGAUUUCGAAUAUUGUACAGGGUACGAACCGCUCCGCGGUGUAAAUCGGCCGGAAAAGCAUUAAUUUGUGCAUGUGCCAAAGAGAGGCGAAAGGGGCAGCUGCUAUAUUAACGACGGUAUCGUUUUGUUAACUAUUUUUAAUUAUUUUCUUACCCGCACACACACGCACACCACUUUGGGCGCGUUACCAGCAGGAGCCGUGUUAGGUCCGGAGGUAGUGUGCGUGUUUUUUAAAUAUUUAUUCAAAUACACUGUUGUACGUUUUAUUUGACUUAACCGUUUUAGCUGUCACCGUACCGUGCAAUUUUAUUGGCCACCAAUUGCUGUUUUAAGUUGUUUUUUUUUGUAUAUGUGUUUAAGGUUUUACAAUUUUAUACCGCUUCCAUCUUGAAGUGACAUCCCUUUGGAAUGCUGAAAGCAUUAUCCCGCCUUAUUUAUUUGCUACCGUGCGCACACUUACAAUGUUAUUAAUGCCAUUCCCGUGCCAAGCAAGCAUUCCCACUAAUCGAAAGUUGUUUUUGCUAUCGCGUGCGUCCACACACACACACACACACACACACACACACACACACACACACACACACACACACACACACACACACACACACACACACACACACACACACUCGUGUUGUGCAAUGUGGUCACUGUGGCAUGUAAAUUAGCAGUUGGAAAAAUCAAUACAUCUCUUGAUCCUCUCCCGUGUGCCAACCUGAUUUACGUCCGGACUUGUGGUUCUGCGCGUCGCAUGGUUCAUGCGGGUCCGUACACGUGCCGAUCGCUAAUAGGCCCGAACGGCCGACGCUACAAUGUAGUCGCGCUACCGCCCGUUUAUGACGGACACAGAGCAAGCGAGCAGGUAGAGGGGGAUGUUAAAAUUUACGACGAAAGACAAUUUUUGCGCAGUUUAGGAACGGGUUUUUUUGCUAAGCCAGAAUCCUGCUAAAAGACACACACCACACAGAAAGGUUCCAAAGGUUGGCACGGGCGCAAUCUGAUCGUUGCGCGUGAGUCACAGAUACCACCUUCAUGUGUGGCCCCUUCACAUGCGCCGUAUCGUGUCCGUUGCUUUCCCGUCCAAUCCACUUCGAAUUGUGAUGCAGCUUUAGCAAAGCCAUAAAAUAGUUUUAUUUGCUUUUGGAAGAAAGUGGAAAUAGAUCUUAUCAGUCAGGCCGGGCCGGAGCCCAUACAAUGUAGCACUUUUAAAAGCGUUGCCUCGCGAGAGCUGACGGGGCAGGGCUGGGCAGGCAAACUACUGAUAAGAGUGGAAAACACUAUCGCAGGUGACGUAUCUGCGGCAGUGCUGAUUUGUGCAGAGGGUGUAGUUGGAGGGAAAGAAGAAGAAGAAGCGCAGACAAGCAACACACUUUUGCGCCACUCCAGGACCAAGUGGACAGACAGCAAUAGGCGGGUGUGUGUUUGCUGCACCUUAUCGGACCCCUCUGCCACCGUAGUGUAAUGAAAAAUGGCCUUUCCAGGAAUGCUCACCUCGGGAUAUAUUGGUGCAAAUGACAGGGAGAUUAGGGAAAUUUGUACAAUUUAAUAAGCACUUGCCAAGCACCACCACCACCAUCUGCACGUGCAAAUUGCAUUCGGCGAGUGCGAUCGAUCCGGGCGAAAGUCGAUCGACCGAUCGAUCGAAUGGAGUGCGAUGGAAAGUGGUUCCCGCGACAAGGGUUGCUUCUGAAACCGCUUUUUUUGUUGUUGUUGCCUCCAGCUAAUUGCACAACGCGAGAGUGCGUUUUGAUGCUGGCUUUAUGUGACGCGUACGUUCGCGUUGGCUGUGCUGUGCGCAAAAAAGGGCAAUGAUGCAGUCGGGCGUGCAUGCAGCUGAGCCGCGACCUGCCCUUGAACGGUAUUACAAGUUCAUCGACAUCGCCUCGGCUCGCGAUGGGCCUGUGCGAUGUGCACGUAUGCAGUUCCGCCCGGAGCCAAGUGACACUAGUGCGUGUUGUGUAACGAAGCUCUAAUACGACCGUGUGCUAGUGUGCUGACACGAAAACAUGAGCACGGCCGGAGCCGGCCGACCGAGAUGCGCAUCUUGCCGUCACUCUCCGGAGCGACCAGGUCUGACGUGUAACGUUUGCCCGGGUGCUUUGCCGAGUGCAUAAAUCACCCGCCGGCACCACACAGGUGCAGUGCAUAAUUUACGUUAUUGCACUGGGCUGCGUGUUGCAUUGCCGUCAUUGAUCGGGUUCGUCGUCGCGCGUCAGCUGUGUAUCGAUUUGCUGGCACUGAUUUGAUUGAGAUUUUAAACCCUGCUCGAACGCAAAACUGCAAAGGAGUGUAUAUUACAAAGACAGAGAGAGAGACAUAGAGAGAGGGAGAGACAGAGAGAUAGAGAGAGAGAUAGAGAGAGAGAGAUAGAGAGAGAGAGAUAGAGAGUCAAAGAGAGAGAGAUAGAAAAAGAGAGAAAUACAUUGUCCGCACGCUCCUUCCCUGGACAGAUCGGCUCCCACCUCUAUCAGGCGUGGCGUUAUGUAAAUUUACGCUUGUUUAGUGCACUCGGUGGAGUGCAAACGCAACUGAUUAGAGAUCGUAACUACUGGCCCAGGGGUGAUGGAGGAGGGGGGUUGUUUGGAGUGGCUGGGAUAAAGUGCCAGCGCCAGCGGAGGGGUAGUAUGAUUUUGCAUUGGUGUUGGGCCGCCCUGGCAACAAUCGCGCCAAUCCCUCGGGAACACAAAGAGGUGCCGGCCAGGGGUGGUACUGUUUGUUUUCUACUUGCUCGACCGGCCGGCUGGGGCCGUUUAAUUUCAUACAAAAUUUAUAGUCAGCCGGCAUGUCAAUUCUAGCAAACCCGAUGGGCGUUGUUGAUGGCUUUCGCUGUCAUAUUUUAUUUGUGGAGCUGGCUGUGUGUUUUGUAUUUUUAAUGUACAACAAUGUUAUCAGAAUAGGGGUUGCAUUAUUAUUGAUUUGUCUUUCAACAGUGUCCUACCGUUUUUAGCACCGUUUUUUCCCCCUUCCUAAUUUAUAGUUUCGUUGAGCGAACGCACCCAAUCUCGACGUCAAUUGCUGGGGCGGCAUGCGUGCACGUGGUGUGAUAAAGCAUAAUGUUUCGGCAACGAUGUCGGUAGUAACGUAGGUAAUAUAAUUACAACAGCAACAAAAAAAAAACACACACACAUUGAGCUUUUGGCGAUAUUUCGAACGGCUGAAUGGGGGAAACUGUGAAAACAUGCACAAAUUUGAACGUAAUCAAAAGUAAGACAAAAACAAAACAAAACACCCAUCGCGUGUGUAACACACAAAGGUUUACAUUUCGGACCAAAAUUAUUUACAAAACAGAAUAGGAAAAUACAACAAAUUAAAGAAUUAGCGAAAAAGAAAGAGAAAAAGAGAGAGAGAGAGCAAAAUGUUACGAAAGUAGUAGUAGAACCAACCAAUUAAAAAAUCAAGUGCUAAAAAAACAAAUUAUAUUACGAAACUUUUAGGACAAAUACAAAAUUAACCGAAACGGUAUUGUAGCAAAUUUAGGAAUCUUACAAACAAACAAAAAAACAAACGAGACGGAGCUUUCCUUUUGUACGGAGGAGGUACGCGAAUGUUGCUGUUGAAUGGCGUUCGCACCCGUAAUGACGUUGUGGCGAUCAGGUAGAGAGCGAAGUGGAACAGGUAUACCAUACCCCCCCAGCACACGACGAUCAAGCAAAGGAACUAAAAAAUCCCACCAGAAAAGCCAGAAACCAUACGCGCGCACCGUUGCCUAGUAUCGAAGCGCCAGCCCAAAAGUUGGUCCGUGUCUGUAGAACGAGGUCGAAAAGGUAAAAGUGAAAAGGAUCGAAAAUCGGUUUUACCGGGCACACAAUCGCACGCGUGUCGGCGUCCCCUGCACGAACUGCAUUACUCUUUACCAAAAAUCGGUGUGUGCGUGUGAGUUGUUUGUGUAAAAGUAGUAUAUAUCUUUAGUGCAGGAGAAAGUCGCGCGAAAACCCCCAGCCACACACGGAAACCGCAACAGUAAAAUGAAAUGAAUGUGCAAAAAGGAACAGGUUGGUGUUGCCUUUCUCCGGUGCCGUCAGUACGGAGAACAACGAAACUGUUGCUACUAAUACUGCUACUAUUACUACUACUACUACUACUACUACUACUACUACAACUACUAUAUAACACUACCGUCUUAGUCCUUAGGUUGUUAGAUUUACAUUGAACGCGUGUGUACCAGGAUCAUCAGGAGGACUCCUCCUUAGUCCUUACCCUCUUUGCGCCUUUUUCCCGUUUCGUUGUUGCCGUCUCCCUGUAUGUACACACGUGGGCGCGCGCAUAAAAGAAAAACACAGAAAGUGCAAAUUAAUUGUUAAGUGUUGAGUUGUUGCAAAAAAUUCUAAUCUGCCUCCCUUCAAAACCUCCCACUUGAUUAGGUUUACGUUUGUUUUGUUUUGUUUUUGUUAUUCUAAAGGAAAGUGAAUCGAUACGUUGGUAGAGUGUGUAUAUAUACAAAUGAUUGGGGAGCAUGUGUAUGAUGUUGUGCUAAGGGCAAACAUUCGCGAUCGACCGAGAAAACCGAGCGUGGUGGUGUAAAAUUUUCAAACCCUGAUCGAGAUAAUCUAGUACGGAUGAUGAUCACAAUCAUUAUCCCUUAUCCUUACAAAGGAAGCGUGUGUUUGUUAGCUAUAUGUUAUUGCGUAGUUAUUAAACGUUUGUUUGUUUGUUACUCUUUUUUAGCCGGCCUUGCAGCAACAAAAGAAAAGGUCUUUUACUUUAAACCCCCCCCCAAGUCCCCAACAAUGUUGAUUAAGUGUAGGUACGCUGAAUUUUCGCGAUUUUAAAAACUAAUUCGUACGCGUGUUGGUUAAGGUGAGUUGUGGUGGGGCGGUGAAUGUGUCACUGUUUGCAAUGUGCCCCCCCCCCCUUGCUCCUCGCAGAUAAAAAAAAAACAAGCCAUCAAACAAUCGAACACAGUGAGUUUAAAAAUACACACACAAGCAUACAGUGCUAAGCAUGUAGACAUGUAGAUUUAGCAACCGUUCAAUUGGAUUAGCAGCCGAAGCAGCGUUAGAAGGCUUGCCCUCCAUCAGCGGUAGAGUAGCGCAUUUGUGAGAAAGGAAGAUAGGAAGGUUAGCGCCCACGAUUCAAAAUCGUUCUCAUGGAGGAUUAGGUGAACAAAACAGACACAGUCGGACGAAAAGAAAUCAACGGAAAGAUACAAUUAUUGCGCGCCGUAAAAUUCUGCGUAAGUCAGUGAAGUUAUACGAACAAAUUGCAGGAUGCAGCACUGCAGCAGCAGGAUGCAGCCAAACGAAAACACUACACAACACAACUUAUAUUCAUAUGAUGGAUGUGCCUAAAACAAUAUACGAACAAGCUAAACAACACGUACACACACAUAUAGUGGAAACAGUUGUAA